GAGGAGGACGGACGGACGGCCGAGGACGGAGGGACGGAGGGCGCACCGACGACGGCCCGACCGUGGGACUUUGAAUGAGGAUGACAAUGGAAGAGAUGAAGAAUGAAGCAGAGACCACUUCUAUGGUUUCCAUGCCACUUUAUGCAGUAAUGUAUCCAGUGUUUAAUGAGUUAGAACGAGUAAACCUCUCUGCUGCUCAGACCCUGAGAGCAGCUUUCAUUAAGGCCGAAAAAGAAAAUCCAGGUCUUACACAAGACAUCAUCAUGAAAAUUCUGGAGAAAAAAAGCGUGGAGGUUAACUUUACAGAGUCGCUCCUGCGUAUGGCGGCCGAUGACGUGGAAGAGUAUAUGAUCGAAAGGCCAGAAGCUGAAUUCCAGGACCUGAAUGAAAAGGCGAGAGCGCUGAAACAGAUUCUCAGUAAGAUCCCUGAUGAGAUCAAUGAUAGGGUGAGGUUUCUUCAGACAAUCAAGGACAUAGCUAGUGCGAUUAAAGAACUUCUUGACACAGUGAAUAAUGUUUUUAAAAAAUAUCAAUACCAGAAUCGCAGGGCACUUGAGCACCAAAAGAAAGAAUUUGUAAAGUACUCCAAAAGUUUCAGCGAUACUCUGAAGACGUAUUUUAAAGACGGAAAGGCAAUAAACGUGUUUAUAAGUGCCAACCGACUAAUCCAUCAAACCAACUUGAUACUUCAGACCUUCAAAACUGUGGCCUGAAAGUUGUAUAUGUUAAGAGCUGUACUUUUCAGUGGUAGUAUAAAGCUGCCUUUAUCUGUAAAUUUUAAAAUUUUGACUGUAUAAAUUAUCCGUCUCUCCUGGGGGACAUAAUGCAGGAUGUUAAAUGGGAUUAUUGCCAUCAUACACCAUAUUUUUGUAAAAUGUAGCUUAAUCAUAAUCUCACACUGAAGAUUUUGCAUCACUUUUGCUAUUAUCAUUCUUUUAAGAAUUAUAAGCCAAAAGAAUUUACGCCUUAAUGUGUCAUUAUGUAACAUUCCUUAAAAGAAUUGUAAAUAUUGGUGUUUGUUUCUGACAUUUUAACUUGAGCGAUAUGCUGCAAGGUAAUGUAUUUAACAAUAUUUGGUGGCAAAUAUUCAAUAAACAGUUUACAUCUGUUAAACAA